UGCUUCGUAAGACUAGGCGGCAGACCUAGUGUCAAGAUUAACGAGUGGGAAGGAGCGGAUCCAGGGGCCCCGACACUCAUCGACUCUCGCGGCGUAACCCGUGGUGCCUAUCGCGGGUUCGGCGAAUUGUAUAGUUGGGAAGUACCUGCGAGUGAGCUCAAGACGGGACAGAACACACUUGUGAUUGGGGUGAUUGGGAAAGGAGAUGCUGACUUUCUGAGCGCCAACUACAUCAUCGAUGCUGUUGAGUUGCAGGGUAAAGGAGGGCCCAAGAACGACACCUCGUCAUAUACCUACUUCUAG